CUUUGAUAGGUCACCACCACCACCACUAACAAGCCCCUGCCACAGCGUUCAGCCUCGUCUGUCGCAAGCUAAUUGUAUCCCGCAUCCUCACUUGUGACACUUCACUCACCUUAGUAUCGCAUUCACUACAAUACUGAUACUUCGUAUGUACAGUAGAUACAAAUUGACCUUCACAAUCAAACCCCAUUUUCAUUCACCAGGCUAGGGGAACAUUACCGCAUCGCAUCCGCCAAUCCACCUCCGGGUCGCCAUCAACCAUGGCCUCGCCUCCCUACAGUUAUAAUACGGCCAUCUCCCCCUCCUACCCAUCCCACUCCCAACUUCCUCAACCACCAAAACGACGUCAAUCAGAUAUGCCCUCAUCCGCUCCUUCCAUGAAACGCCGCAAGGCUUCUAUGAUCUCUACAACAUCCACCAGCUCCGCGCAUCCUCUCCGCCAAACCUCUUUCCCUCCCGAGCAAUCCUCCCGCUCACCCGCAUUCUCACGCUCCCCCAGCGCCGAUACCAUGGUCUCCAGCAGCGUCGCAGGAAGCAGUCGGCCCAAGAAGAAGAAGCCUAGCAAGAAGUCAAAAGGCGGCGCGAAUGACGAGUCGGUGGUGGAUGGGAAAUCAGGGACUCCUGCGCCGACGGCAGGCAAAAAGAGACGGGCGAGUAAUGCAAGUUUGGAUGAUGAGGAGGAGGGUGGAGGCGGAAGUCAUACCAUGGCUUUGGAACUUACCUCUGGGACGAAAGAGGAGAAGGCGAGGGAAUUAGAACAUCGCGCGUUGCUGGUGCGGAGUCUGGAUCCGGAGCAGUUUCGAAGGUAUGAGGCUUGGAGAGCUUGUCGAUGGCCGGAUGCUGUGAUUAGAAGAGUAUGUAUCUACCUUUCCUUCCCACUUAGUUAAAACUCAAUUUGGACUUCAAAUUAACGCGAUAUAGAUCGUCAACCAAACACUCUCUCAAUCCUCACAUCCCAGCGUCAUAGGAGCCGUUAAAUCCAUUGCCAAAAUCUUCGCCGGGGAACUCAUCGAAGGCGCACGACGAGUACAAGACCAAUGGCUAGAAAACACACGAGAAGACCAAGUCAACGGUCUUCCCAGUCCGCCUCGGGAGGAAGAUGGCGAACCAAGGGAGGUGGAUACUCGGCGGGGCCCUCUUCUGCCUGACCAUCUCCGCGAGGCUCUUCGGAGAUAUAAGCUCGCUAGAGAAGGGGGCCUGACGGGGCAAUUGGGACUUUUUCAGUUGCAGCAGCAAGGUGGGACGGAACGAUUUGGGGUCAGGGUCAAGGGGAGGAGGCUUUUGAAGUAGGGUGGGUGCACGGGAUGGGAUUAGAUGGGACAUCUUCUCAACGACCACAGAAUCAAGCAGGCAAGCAUGAUGGAUAUAGUCCGAAGUCAAGCCGUUGUGGAGGAAGUGGUAGAAUGCCUCAUACUUUGGAAUGCGAUGGGAUAGGGCGGGAUAGCAUUGUAUUUAUGGGGCUAAGGGAGGUGUUAAUCUGAUGGGAAGGACGAGAAAUAAUACCCAAUUUUUUUUUACAUAGAAAAUAGUUAAUGU